UAUCGCCCUUCCAUGGAGGAAACGGUUAAUAGAAUGGAAGGGGAAGACGAAAGCGAUAGUGACCUGGACAUCACCAGUGCAGCCCAUAAGGAUUGUGUCGACCUUGACAGCUAUAUCAAAGAUGUCACAGUUGAGGACACUGAAGGAUCUGAAACCACAGAUGAAGACGAACAGUCGCAGCAAGCUCAACUUCACCAGCCGGCUCAGGUUAUCGCCGAUAGAGCGACGAAGGUGGAGUGGUCUGACGACGACGAUGCAGAGGCUGCAUACAAUGCCUUUAAGAACAGGCUAUCGCUAAAAAGAAAACGUGCUGCGGCCAGCACUAGAAAAGCAAAAGUUGUGGCAGCCCGCAAGUCUACCAGCAUGGUAGGAAAGAGAACACGGCCGAAGAUUGUGCCAAACGAUGGUGACAUACCUACGCUCAAAAAACACAACACAUAUGGCGAUGAUUCCGAGAAGGAGGGGCAGGAACUCUUAGAUAAUGAAACACUACCAGACUACAUCAAGGUUCGAAUGCGCAAAUUUGAAGAGACACGCCACAAACUGGGGGAAGCAGGCCUCAGAAUACCUCCACGUUUUGACGAAAUCUACUUUUCCGAUGAUGAGCGACUAGCACAUCUUCAGGAAAGGCCCAUAUUUCCAGAGUUGAAGCCUCCUGGAAGGUACAAGGACUGCAUUCUUCAAACGUCGGCUGGCAUAAUACCGGCACCCAUCGCACAGUGGCUGCGUGAGUAUCAGGUCGAGGGGGCUGAAUUUCUCCACGAAAAGUUUGUAUAUCAGAAAGGCGGCAUCUUGGGCGACGACAUGGGUUUGGGAAAGACCAUCCAAGUUAUUGCAUUUCUCGCUGCCGCCUUUGGAAAGACUGGAGACGAACGAGACAAAAAACGCAUGCGCAAAAUGCGGAGAGCCGAUAAGGAUUACCCUCGAGUCCUAAUCGUCUGCCCCGGAAGCUUGAUGGAUAACUGGAAGACCGAAUUGGAGACUUGGGGCUGGUGGCAGAUCUAUACAUUUCACGGCCCUCCAGAUAACAAGGAGGCUACUCUCAAUGCCGCCUUGAAAGGGCGUGUGGAAAUCGUCAUCACGACUUACACCACUUACCGUAUCAACAAAAGCGCGAUAAACAUGGUCGACUGGGACUGCGUUAUUGCAGAUGAAUGCCACAUUGUAAAGACGCGGAGCUCCGAGAUUACACAGGCGAUGAACGAGAUCAACGCUAUCUGCAGACUCGGGCUCACAGGGACGGCAAUCCAAAACAACUACGAGGAAUUGUGGACUUUGCUUAACUGGACGAACCCUGGAAAAUUCGGGUCUCUCGCCACAUGGAAACAAUGUAUCAGCAAACCCCUCAAAACGGGACAAGCGCACGAUGCGACAUACCACGAGUUAGCGAAAGCUCGCAGGACGGCAAACCUAUUGGUUAAAAAUCUGCUCCCCCCGUUCUUCUUGCGCCGCAUGAAGACAUUGAUAGCAAACCAACUUCCAAAGAAGAGUGAUCGAGUAGUGUUUUGUCCGUUGACCGAUACUCAAGCUGAUGCAUACGAAAACUACAUCAAUUGCGACAUUGUCGACUGUAUCCGACACUCCGCUGAUAUAUGCGAUUGCGGCUCCGGAAAAAAGCGUGGCUGGUGCCACUAUGCUGAGAUCGAAGGUUAUGGCAAGUGGCAGAACCAUGUCUUUCCAUGCAUCGUGACCUUACAAAAACUCUCCAAUCACCUCGCUCAACUUAUCCCUAGCGGCGUCGAUACACAUGACAAACAGGAAAAAGAUCUAGACGAUCUCAAGGUUGCCAUGCCAUCUGAAUGGAGGGACCUUUAUCGCAGCAGAGACAACAUAAUAAACUUCGCGAACCCGGAGUUUUGCGGCAAAUGGAAGAUCUUGAAAAGAUUGCUCCAGUUUUGGCAUCAGAAUGGCAAUAAGGUGUUGGUGUUCAGCCACAGCGUACGACUGCUCAAGAUGCUCCAAAUGCUGUUCAAGAGUACAUCCUACAAUGUCAGCUACCUCGACGGAUCAAUGAGCUACGAGGAGCGAGCACAGACUGUGAAGGACUUUAACUCCGACGCAUUGCAGUUUGUUUUCCUGAUCAGUGUCAGGGCAGGAGGUGUCGGUUUGAACAUCACGUCGGCCAAUAAAGUCGUCGUUGUCGAUCCAAACUGGAAUCCAGCGUAUGACCUUCAGGCACAAGACCGCGCUUACCGUAUCGGGCAGACCCGGGAUGUCGAGGUCUUCCGGUUGGUAAGCGCUGGCACGAUUGAAGAAAUAGUGUACGCUCGCCAAAUCUACAAGCAGCAACAAGCCAACAUUGGCUACAAUGCCUCGAGCGAACGUCGGUAUUUCCAUGGCGUACAAAACCAGAGCGAGAAGAAAGGCGAGAUCUUCGGGCUUGCCAACCUUUUCUCUUUCCAAGGCGACAGUGUCGUCUUGCGGGAGAUUGUAAACAAGACAAACAUUGCGGAGUCGAGGGCAGGCGUCUCGGUCACUGGAAUGGACGGUCUCAGCCAAGAGGUCGACGAAGCCGGGGAUUUUUUGGGGGGCGAAGACGAAGAUGCGGCAAUGGUCCAGAUCACCACCAUGAUACGGAGUGGCAGUGCCGACGACGUCAGCCAGGACUUGAAGCCUGCGGUUAAAAAGACUGACGCGGUCCAGGCCAUUCUUGCCAGCGCCGGUGUGCAAUACACUCAUGAGAACUCCGAAGUAAUCGGCACGUCCAAGGUCGAGGCGCGCCUGAGUAAGAGAGCGGCGGAAAAUGAGAAUGACAUUGACUUCAUUGGCAAGCACGUUUUCGGCCCCAGCGGGAGCCAGCUGUCGCACGCCCUCGGGGAGGGCAGGUUCCGGUACAAGCCGCCCGAAGACGUGCAGAGGCGGCAGUUCUGCACCAUGGCCAAGACGUUUGGCUAUGAAGACGUGACGGAAUUCGCGUUAGUAGUUGAAGGCUGGACGCAGGAGCAGCGGCGAAACUGCCUGGAGAAAUUUUACAGGCUGCGGCGGGGAGAGGCUUGACGUGGUUUGUGUAGGUAGGCGUGGUAGGUAGAGGUGCAACAGUCAC